UACUAAAGACAGACAAACAGUGGUAUAUAUAUAAAACUGUCCUGCUUUAAUUUUGUGUCUGCACUGUACUGUACUCCAUUAUUGUGCUACUACAAUGGCCAAUUUCAAGAAGCCCGUCAAAUGCUCUCUGGUGGAUGUGUUCACAGAUUCGGCAUUCAAAGGAAACCCAGCUUUGGUUUGUGUGUUAGACGAGGAAUCAGAGAGGGACAGUGAGUGGAUGAAAUGUAUUGCUCGCGAGUUCAAUGCUCCCAUGACUUGUUUCCUCGUUAGAAUCGCCCAGUCCGAGGUGGUUCUUUCUGACAGUGCUGUCGUGAAUCCUAGGUUUCACCUUCGCUGGUUCACUCCCUUCGCUGUUGAGGUGGAGCUAUGUGGGCACGCCACUGUAGCGGCGGCGCACCAUCUCUUCUCAAAUGGUUUGGUGAGAACCGAGACGGUGGAGUUCUCCACACUCUCUGGGGUUUUGUGUGCCAGAAAGUUACCCGACGACCAAGCAGCCGAUAACACUUUCUACGUCGAGCUAGACUUUCCGAUCAUCCCCGUUUCUGACAUCAACUGCGCCGGCGACAUACCGGCAGUUGCUAAAUGCUUGAACGGGGCGUCUGUGGUGGAGAUCAGCAGGACGGCCAAGGGCGAUCUCUUUAUUGUUCUCCCCUCGGCGGAUGCAGUUGUUGCUGUAGAUCCUGACAUGGAUGAGAUCAAGAAACUUUCAGGGAAAGGAAUGAUUUUAACAGGAUCUGCUCCUUCUCAAUCCGGAUUCGAUUUCUUCAGCCGUGUUUUCUGGCCAAAAGUGGGAGUUCCAGAGGAUCCAGUUUGUGGGAGUGCACAUUGUGCGUUGGCUCAUUAUUGGCACAAGAAGCUAGGAAAAUGUGAUUUUGUUGCUUAUGCAGCAUCUGCAAGAGGUGGGGUGUUAAAGCUGCUUGUAGAUGAAGCUAAGCAAAGAGUGCUUAUAAGUGGGAAGGCUGUUGCUGUGAUGGAAGGUUUGGUUUUGGUUUAGUAUGGAUCAAGGAUGUAUGUGCUACUCCUACUUGACAAGUAGGGAGCAAAAAUUGUCGUUGAUGUAUUUUUUUUUUUUUUUAAUAAAUAAAAUGGACGGGAAAACCUCAACCAUCGAGUGAUCAUGCUAAGACAAUCAUUGGAUGGAAAGCCCGCACAGUCUCCUUCCAAGAUGAUCCUUAAUUCUUCUAAAGGUGCCUCAAGGUCUGCCCAGUUAUUCUCACAAUCAAUAGCCUGUUUAGUCAAUCUGUGUACUUUGAAUUUGCUUUCUAUAAAUAUGAAUGUCCCAAUGACUCGUCACAAA